AUGGAAAAGACACAAAUAUGGCAAAGACAUAAAUAUGGCAAAAAUGCAAAUAUGGGAAAGACACAAAUAUGGGAUAAACGCAAAUAUGGGAAAAACGCAAAUAUGGGAAAAACGCAAAUACGGGAAAAACGCAAAUAUGGGAAAACUCAAAUAAGGGAAAAACACAAAUGUGGGAAAAACCAAAUAUGGGAAAAACGCAAAUAUGGGAAAGACCCAAAUAUGGGAAAAACGCAAAUAUGGGAAAAACGCAAAUAUGGGAGAAACGCAGAUAUGGAAAAAACGCAAAUAUGGGAAAAACAUAACAUGGGAAAAACGCAGAUAUGGGAAAAACGCAGAUAUGGGAAAAACGCAAAUAUGGAAAAAACGCAAAUAUGGGAAAAACGCAAAUAUGGGAAAAAUGCAAAUAUGGGAAAAACGCAAAUAAAGGAAGAGCGCAAAUAUGGGAAAAAUCCAAAUAUGGGAAAAACGCAAAUAUGGGAAGAACGCAAAUAUGGGAAAAACGCAGAUAUGGGAAAACGCAGAUAUGGGAAAGACUCAGAUAUGGUUAAGACACAUAAAUUGGAAUAA